AUGCCUCCCACUUCGACCUCCACGGAGGCACCGUCCCAACCAAGCCAGCCCUCGCGCAAGGGUAAAAAAGCGUGGCGCAAAAAUGUCGACAUCUCCACUGUCACCUCGGGACUGGAGGUUCUCCGGGAAGAAAUAAUCCAGCAUGGGAAACCAUUGGCAGAGAAGCAUCAGAACGAGCUGUUUACGCUGGAUACGACGGGCUCGAAGGAGGAGGUUUUGCUGCAGGCAACAAGAGCGGGGAAACCUCACAAAGGGAAAAUUUUGAAGAUGGAUGAGAUCCUGGGAAGGAGGAGUGCUGUUCCCGCAUUGGAAAAUUUGAAAAGCAACAAGAGGACGCUCGGUGCCGCUGUGACCGACGGCGUGCUCGAGCCAUCGAGCAAAAGGCAAAAGAAGGACUGGGUGAGCAAGAAGGAAAUUGCUCGGCUGCGGAACAACCUGGAUAAGACAUCGCAUUUGGACGUGGAGGACAUUGACAACGCUACCUCAUCCUUCGAUCUUUGGGCUGACAACGGCUCCUCCGACGCUGUUCAAGUCUCAUCCGCAGCCGGCACAGCUACCACCUCGGCCACUACAUCAAGAGAAAACGAAUACGUCCCCAAACACCGCGCCAAAGUCGCUCCCUCAUCCAUUCGCCGUCCGCCUGUGGCUUUGACAGCAACCGGUCUGCCCACGCAAGCCGUACCGCAACCCGACGCAGGACAGAGCUACAACCCUUCAUUCGAGGACUGGGACUCCCUGCUCACGCGCGAAGGCGAGAAAGAAGUCGAAGCCGAACAGCGCCGUCUGAGGGAGGCCCAGAUUGCCGCGGAAAGACAGGCACGAAUUGACGAGCUCGCUAACCAGCCCGAUCCGAGGCCGGAGGACAACCAGGAAAGCGAAUGGGAAGGGUUUGAGACGGAGGACGAGACUACCUCAAUAGAUCUUCUGAAGAGGAAGCGACCCGAACGAAAAACGCCCGCUCAACGGAACAAAAUAAAACGCCGCAAAGAAGCGGAACGGCUCGCAAAACACGAGGCGAGAAUGGCCGAGCGGCAGAGACGGGGCGAGGAGAUUUUCCAGUCCCUGCUGAAGAAACAGGACCAGCACAGCGAUGAAGUCGCCAACAUCGACGGCCCCGAACGCUCCGAUCUCUCCUCGUCCGCACCCGCUCCGCCUGCUACGGUUCUGCGGCGGAAACCCACACUAGGUCCCUCACGCGCCACAAUCCCUCCCCAACCGCUCGAACUCGUCCUGCCGGACGAACUCCAAGAUUCGCUACGCCGUCUGCGACCGGAGGGAAAUCUGUUAUCGGAGCGGUUCCGCAACAUUUUGGUCAAUGGCAAGCUGGAGGCGCGGAGACCGCUCUCGUACGCCGCGAGCAGGAAGAAGAGAGUCAAAGUCACGGAGAAGUGGUGGAGCAAGGAUUUCUCCUUGCGCGUCUAA